AUGUUGGACUACUAUAACAGAACGCCGUUUUUCUAUAUUUUGGAAUUUACAUUCUAUGUUGGCUGGGCUGUACUUAUGUCCACGUUAGCCGUGCUGUUUGUGAAAGUGUUUGCACCCUAUGCUUGCGGCUCUGGUAUACCAGAAAUCAAAUGUAUUCUAUCUGGAUUUGUUAUACGUGGAUACCUUGGUAAAUGGACUUUUAUCAUCAAGUCGGUUGGACUGAUCCUGUCUUCCGCAUCUGGUCUGUCACUUGGUAAGGAAGGACCAAUGGUUCACCUUGGCUGUUGCAUCGGCAAUAUUUUUUCGUACUUGUUUCCUAAAUAUGGAAUGAAUGAGGCCAAGAAACGAGAAAUUCUAAGUGCUUCUGCAGCGGCUGGUGUGAGUGUGGCUUUUGGUGCUCCGAUUGGAGGUGUUUUAUUCAGUUUGGAAGAAGCCUCAUACUAUUUUCCACUAAAAACCAUGUGGCGCUCAUUUUUCUGCGCUUUGAUUGCCGGGAUUAUCUUACGCAUAGUGAAUCCCUUUGGAAGUGACCAGACAUCGCUUUUCCAUGUGGAUUACAUGAUGAAAUGGACAUUCAUUGAGCUAAUUCCGUUCGCUGGUCUUGGUCUGUUUGGUGGAAUUCUCGGAAGUAUGUUCAUAUUUGGGAACAUCCGGUAAGU